AUGAGGCUAAUCGAUAGGAACCAGCCUCAAUCUGAUCAAUAUAAUGAAAUGGAGCCAGAUAUAAAUACCAUCAAUGAGAGAGUGCCACUAAGGGUGAUAUAUAACAUCAACAGAAAGGUGUACAAUGAAGAAGAAUUUGAACAAGAGCAUGACCAAAACAUGUAUUCCCAGCUCAACAAGGAAUCUGAAAGACCUAAACUUGGACGAAAGAUCCAGUGCAGAUUCUCAUGUGCACGGUUCAGGAAAUUCAUACUCAAGAUGUUUCCUAUUUUAAAUUGGCUUUAUACUUAUCGCAUUACUGAAUGGAUUCUAGGAGACUUACACGCUGGCUUAAAUGUAGGGAUGGUGCAGGUUUUCCAAGGAUUAUCAGGAAUAGCACUAACCGGAUUACCAAUUCCAGUUAUAAAUAAUUUUUAUUCUGCAUUUUGCUGCUCUUUAAUAUAUGUUAUAUUUGGAACUUCACAACAUAUAUCUAUUGGUUCUUUCAGCAUUCUAAAUGCAAUGGCAGCAAAUUUUCAGAGUAAUCUUAAUUUCAGAAUACAGUUAUCAAAUAAUGCCACUUUGGCCAAUGUUUCUGAUGAAAAUUUUAUGCGGAAUUAUAUGGAAGCAGUAACUCACACUGCAUCUACUACAUUUUUCGUUGGGAUUAUUCAGCUACUUUUGGCCCUCAUUGGCUUGGGAUUUGUCACAACAUAUGUUUCAGAGAGUCUCAUGAAUGCUUACCUUACAGCAGCAGCAUUACAUGUGAUUAUAUCACAGUUCUCUUUCAUCUUUGGAAUUGUAAUUGAUUUUCAUUCAGGCCCAUUGUCAUUUUUUUAUAAUUUGGUAUACUACUGCAUGGGUCUCCCUAAAGCAAAUUCCACCAGUAUCUUGCUGUUUUUGCUUUCGUUACUAUUGCUGAGGGUCAGCAAAUGCAUUAAAAUAACUUAUAAACACUAUCCUGUUGAGUUUCCAAUGGAGCUUGUUUUGAUUAUUGUAUUUACAAUGCUUUCUACCCAAACUCGUCUACAUGCUGAAUCUAGUCAGGGAGUUUUUACAAUGACUCCCCACAAGUUUUUGAAUCCUACACUACCUGAUUUCUCAAAACUGGACAAAAUUAUAUUACAGGCUUCAUCUCUGGCAAUAGUAAGCUAUUUCCUCCUCAUUUUUGUGGGAAAGAAGUAUGCAAGUAUUCACAACUAUCACAUCAGACAUACUCAGGAUUUAGUAGCAAUUGGGCUAUGCAAUGUCUUCAGUUCAUUUUUUAAGAGUUUUUCUGUCAGCUGUGCAAUUUCUACAACUGUUAUUCAGGAGAAGACUGGUGGAAAAACACAGCUUGCAGCUCUGAUUGGAAUUUCCUUAAUGCUGGUGACAGGAUUAAAAUUGGGAUAUUACUUGCAGUCCCUUCCAAAUGCUGUUUUGGCUGCCAUUGUACUCGUCAACAUGUUCCCAUUUCUUGAAAAAUUUUUGGACAUCCCUUACCUGUGGGAACAAGAUAAAUAUGAUUUUGGAAUUUGGAUUGUGACCUUUCUAGCUGUCCUUUGCCUUGGUCUGGAUAUUGGGUUAGGAAUUUCUUUGGGAUUUGCCUUUUUUAUAAUAAGUGUCAGAUCUCACAGAAUGAAGAUGGUGAUGUUGGGUCAGAUUCCAAAUACCAACAUUUAUCGCAGUUUCUCUGACUACAGUGAGAUACCUUAUAGAGAGAAACUUCUAAAGCGAGUUCCUAUUGCUAAUGAAACAUUCUCUGCUUCUUCUUUGGCCUUGGUACGUUGGACAAGAAACCCUUCUGAUGUACAAUACUCCCAAUCUCCACCAAGAGAAAGGCCAUAUAGCUAUGCAAAGAGGAAGGAGGAUCUGGAUAAUAUGUGGUUUUCAUCAGACCGUCGUUUAACAAGGUCUACAACUCAGUUGUAUACACUUGACUCAGAGUAUGCAAUGCAUAGGAUUCACACUAUUGUUUUAGACUUUAGCAUGGUGCACUUUGUUGAUUUACAAGCUUCUUGUUUAUUACGGGAGCUCUGUCAUGUCUUUCAGAACAUUGGAAUCUCAGUCCUGAUAGCUACUUGUCAUCCCACUGUGAUAAAAACUUUUGAAAGGCAUGAUUUCUUUGACCAAUGUGUUACUAAAGCCCGGUUCUUUCCUACUCUGCAUGAUGCAAUACUCUUUGCUGUGGAGCCAAGCCUAUUGGAAGAGAUGGUUCCAGUGGAAACCCAAAAUCCAGCUCCUGAGGACGUGAUGGCAGAAAUGCAAUUAAAUGAUGAACAGGACAUAAGAAGUUACCACUCUGGGAGAAGUAAGCGAUCGGAGAGGACUCAGCAGUCCACUGGAAUCAGAGACGCCCCCACACCCAAAACUGUUCACAGUGAAACCUACAUUGAGGAGCCCAUAUCUGAUCUUUUCCGCACAUUUUCUCUCCAGAGUGACCUAGAGGGUAUGUCUCAUCACCCUGUUGAAACAUCUCGCCUUGAGGACAAUGAAGAUGAUCAAGAAUGGGAAGGAAAGUGGAAUUAUUCCAGAGAUAUGUAA